AUGAGUAAACGAUUAGCAAAACUUCACAAACCUUGCGAUAAGCUGGACAAGUAUGACAAUGAGCCAUACAUGCAGAAUCCGCUGCUGAAGUUGUUUCUAUCCGAGGUGAAGGAGCGGCGCCAUUACAGCUUCAUUCGUCGAAAAGCGGCUCAGGAAAAAAUAAAGAUCUGCCGAAGCACAACGGUCGACUUCGAGGAUGUGAUACCACGGCCACAGUCCUACUAUGAGGAGAAGCUACGUGAGCAUGCUCGUCGUGCGCCAGUUCCAAAAAUGUUGACCAGAACGGAAGACAAGAUUCUAUCGUACGUACCGAAGCGCCUGCAAGCACAGUAUCCCACAGUGCUGGCGGCCUACAUGACGGACGUGCACGCGGAGUUCGACAAGGUGAUGAAGGCGUACAGUUGCCAGAAGGUUCUCAAACCUGGCCCAAAUGAUUACGUGCCGGAGAGAGAAAAGUUUGAAUUCAAGCGCGUUGGUCGAACGGAAAACUUUCGCAACUAUCUGCGAAGCAAGGCGUACAUACAGAAGAAUCUUCUGCUGCCGAAUCCUUUUGUACGGUGCAUUGUCCAUUAUGCAUACACGGAUUUGCCAGAGUAUUUGAAUGAUUACGCUCGCUAUCGCACGGGAGAGGAGAUAACGCUGAACGAACUUCGUGAUCUGAUCAAGAAGGAUCUGCAGGCGGUUGGAAGCUUGAUUGCUGGCCAAUGGUACCCGAAGAUUGUGGCGAUCUUGAAGAAGCACUACGAGCGACGUACGCUUCCAAAGUCCAUGUGGCCGAAGGUACUGAACUGUGCCGGUGGGUUAAUCAACCGAAAAUUGAAUGAGGCAAAGUUGCGUACGAUUCAACAUCUGCGUGCGACGCUUCUCAAUGUGCGUCAAAUACCACAGAUGAAGAUUCUAGCAAUCUGUGACGAUGGAAUCGACCUGUUUCCCAGUCUUAACGAUAUAUACAGUGUAUAUCAGAAUGCGAUUGAUGAUGUGAUGGCGGUCGCAAACCGGCUUGAUUGUCUCGAAAUUCUCGUCGAUCCGAAUGGCUUUGAACCUAAAAAUCCGCCCUAUCUACGCGUGGGAAUUGCUGAGCGAUGUGUUGAGGAAGCACACGAGCAGAUACAGGAGGCUUUGGUGAUCGCGUUCCAACCACUGGCUGAAUAUCUCAGUGGGUUUCAGAACGAAUUCGCCGGACUUCUCUGUCCAUCUACCAAGGAAGAGAUGGAAGACUUUUUGUCGGAGCCAAGGUCUUUCGAUGAGUACAUUGAGAAAAUAGAAGUAUUUCAGCAAUAUAAAGAAAAGAUCCGCGGAAUGGUACAGAAGGAAUACUUCCCGAUGGCGAUCGUGAAUCAAUCGGACGCGAUCGGUAGCUUGCGGAAGAUCGUCGAGCGGUAUAUCGAUCGUAUUGCAAACCACAUUGCAAUCGAGCAUCGCCGGGAGAUUCAACGAAUUUGCAAGGAAUUUGAGGAGAUUAAGGAAAAGGCACUCGAGAUUCCAACGUCUACCGAGCAGCUGAUGACGAACGGGGAGUACAUGACGCGUGUCAAGUCGGAAAUUAUCGAUGAGUUGCGAGAUAAAAUUCAGAUUACAAUGCGAAUUAAUGCAUAUCUGGUGGAGUUGUUGGAACUCCCAGCAGACCAGAUGGAGCUGCAAGUGGAGAGUGUCAACUGGUACUUUCGCAUACAGUCUGUGUUUGAGAUUAACUCGACCAAUUUCGAACAGUAUAAAUUUUCGUUUGAAGAGAAACUGCAGGAGGUUACGAAGCAACUGAAUGAGAAAAUGGAAGAAAUGAUACCGCACAUCGCCAUCAUUAAUGAUAUGACGGAGACGGAGAAGUUCCGGGAUUACAUUGUCGUCCUGCACGGUUACAUUGAUCAGAUAUUUGUGUUCGAGGAUUACGUCAAGUGGAUCAACAAGGAGGAAGUGUUGUUCAAGUUUCCAAAGUCUCAGUACGCGAUGCUGGAAGCGAUCAAAUCGUUUGUCGUUCCUUUUUAUAAGCUAAUCCGGCUUUGUAUGCGAUGGUUGCGAUACUAUAACGUAUGGAUGGAUGGACCUUUUGAAUAUCUGGAACCACACUUUGUCGAAUCCAAAACGGAUGAGUUUUUGAAGGAGUUCCAAAAAACACAGAAGUACUAUCGAAAUCGCAUCAAGGCCGACAUGUUGGAGAAUACACUGUGCAAGUUUAAGGGACAAACGGAAGAUCCAGAUCCAGAGAAACAUCCUUGCCCGCUGAAGCUGUGCGCCAGGAUGUCGCAAUCCAUUAAAGACUUCCACCUGGGAGUAUACGUGGUAAAGAUUAUGUGCAAUUCUGCGCUAAAGGAUCGUCACUGGGACGAAAUGUCCGAGAUAGCUGGAUUCGAUCUAACUCCGGACGCGGGAACGACAUUACGCAAAAUCAUCGACUACAAGUUGGACAAGGAUCUAGACAAGUUCGAAAUUAUUAGUAUCGGAGCGAAUAAGGAGUUGGCGUUGCAGCAAAGUUUGCAGGCAAUGAUUGCCGAAUGGGAAGACAUUAUGUUCAAACUCAAUCCGUUCAAAGAUACGGGUAUUAAUAUCUUAACCGGAUUGGACGAGAUCCAGGCGGUUCUGGAUGAUCACAUCAUGAAAACGCUCGCCAUGCGAGGCUCUGCGUUCGUAAAGCCUUGUGAAAAGGAAGUUAAGGAAUGGUAUCAAACGCUCACCAGAGUUAAUCGUACCAUCGAACAGUGGGGUAAAGUGCAGGGCAGCUGGUUGUAUCUGCUGCCUAUCUUCUCCUCAAAAGAUAUUGUGGCACAAAUGCCGAACGAGGGUCGGAUGUUUCAGCAGGUGGACAAAACGUACCGCAUGUACAUGAAGACGGUGGAAUCUAACCGCUCCGUGAUUGGAGUGGCCGCCGCCAAGGGUGUACAGGAAGCGAUGGAGCAAUCGAACGAUUUGUUGGAAGAAAUCACAAAUGGUGUGAACGAAUAUUUGGAGAAGAAGCGACUGUUUUUCCCUCGCUUCUUCUUUCUCUCUAAUGACGAGAUGUUGGAGAUUCUUUCCGAAACGAAGGAUCCGUUGCGAGUUCAGCCCCAUCUAAGCAAGUGCUUCGAAGGUAUCAAUCGGCUGGAGUUUGACGAUAGACUGGACAUUCGAUCAAUGUACAGCAUCGAGAAGGAACAGGUGCAGUUUGUUGAGCCAGUUUCGACGCUGGAAGCGAGGGGUAGCGUCGAGAAAUGGCUGUCGUGGGUUGAAGCGUCCAUGCUGGAAGCCAUUCGGUCGGAAAUCAACGCAUCCUACCGAGCGUAUCCGGAUAAAACGCGCUGCAAGUGGGCUCUCGAUUGGCCCGGCAUGGUGGUGCUCUGUGUGUCCCAAAUUUAUUGGGCUGCCAACAUCCACCAAUGCUUUCGAAAGCGCAAUAACACACUGAUACUGGACCUGUUCGAUCGCCUGCAGGUGGAGCUGAUGGACGUGGUGGCACUGAUGCGCUCGAAAGAUCUUUCCAAUCUGGAACGCGUCACCAUCAAGGCACUGAUCGUGAUCGAUGUGCACGCGAAGGACGUCGUGCAGGAGCUGAUCAGAAAUCGCGUCAGUUCGGAGAAUGAUUUUCAAUGGUUGGCCCAGCUUCGAUACUACUGGGAGGGUGAGGAGGCGGGCGUGACGGUGAAGAUCAUCAACGCGGCGGUACGGUUCGCCUGCGAGUACCUGGGCAAUUCUGACCGGCUUGUUAUCACUCCGCUGACUGAUCGCUGCUAUCGCACGCUCAUGGGUGCCUACCAGCUUCAUCUCAACGGCGCACCCGAAGGUCCGGCCGGUACCGGUAAAACGGAAACAACGAAAGAUUUAGCCAAAGCGCUUGCCGUGCAGUGCAAAGUGUUCAACUGUUCCGAUGGGCUCGACUAUAAGGCCAUGGGUAAGUUUUUCAAGGGUCUUGCUUCGUCCGGCGCUUGGGCUUGCUUUGAUGAGUUCAACCGAAUCGAGCUGGAGGUACUGUCAGUGGUGGCCCAACAGAUCCUUUGCAUCGUGCAAGCUGUCCGAGGAGGAGUGCAGCGGUUCAACUUUGAAGGCACAGAGCUAACGCUUAAUCCAGCGUGUUACGUAUGCAUCACGAUGAAUCCAGGGUAUGCUGGACGAUCCGAACUACCGGACAACCUGAAAGUGCUCUUCCGUACCGUUGCCAUGAUGGUACCGGACUAUGCGAUGAUCGGUGAAAUUUCGCUCUACUCAUUUGGGUUCACCAAUGCACGAACACUGGCAGUCAAAAUCGUCACUACGUAUCGACUGUGCUCGGAGCAGCUCUCUUCGCAAAACCACUACGACUACGGUAUGCGGGCGGUAAAGACCGUCUUACAAGCGUGUGGCAAUCUCAAGAAGGCGUUCCCGGACGAUGAUGAAGAAAUCAUUUUGCUGCGCUCCUUGCUGGACGUCAAUCUGCCCAAGUUCCUUGCAAAGGACAUCCCGCUGUUUGAGGGCAUCAUUUCCGAUCUGUUUCCAGGUGUCGAGCUGCCUCGAGCAGACUACGCUGCCCUCGAGCGAGCCUUCCGGGAGGUGUGCAGUGAGCUGAACCUCCAGCCGAGAGAUACCUUCCUCACGAAAGUGAUCCAAACCUACGAAAUGAUGAUCGUUCGCCACGGUUUCAUGAUGGUUGGUAAACCUUUUUCUGGUAAAUCAAUGACUCUACGUGUGCUGGCCGCUUGUCUGACUAAGCUUAAGUCUGCCAGGACUGGCAAUCCUUACUUCCAACGAGUCCAGCUCGAAGUAGUCAAUCCGAAGGCGAUCACAAUGGGCCAACUGUACGGUGCGUUUGAUCCAAUUUCUUACGAGUGGACAGAUGGUAUAGCGUCCACGAUAUUUCGUGGUCAUGCAAUGGACACAAGCCCCGAUCGCAAAUGGCUUGUGUUUGACGGACCGGUCGAUGCUGUGUGGAUCGAAAACAUGAACACGGUACUGGACGAUAACAAAAAGCUAUGUCUAACGUCUGGAGAAGUCAUUACAAUGUCUAGCGAUAUGUCCAUGAUUUUUGAGGUGAUGGACCUGGAACAGGCAUCGCCGGCUACUGUUUCUCGGUGUGGUAUGAUAUUUAUGGAACCUUCCAUAAUUGGGUGGGAAUCGUUCGUGGAAUCCUGGAUUGAACGGUGCAACAACAGCUGGACACACGACUGGCACGAUUUGCUGCUGGAACUUUUUCGUUGGCUAAUACCUGAUUGUCUAGAAUUUAUUCGCUGCCACGGUCACCAGUACUUGCAUCCGGGUGAUAUCAACCUGCUAAUGGCCACCAUGAACAUCUUCGAGAUGAUUAUCGAUGAAGCGUGCCACGAAAGUCCCGACGAGUACGGCAAGUACUUGUUCACGUGGUUUCAGGCCGCCAUGAUGUACGCCGUUGUCUGGGGAUUAGGUGGAGUGCUGGACAUGGAGUCCAAAGUCAAGUUCGACGAGUUCUAUCGAGAGAUUUGGAAAGGUACCGACGAGCAACAUCCGGUUCCAGAGGCGGUCGGAAAGAUCGAUGUUUCAAUGCCGGGCGAGGGUCUGAUCAUCGAUUAUGUGUAUCAUUUCAAGCAGAAAGGAUCUUGGCGCUACUAUCCGGAUAUGGUGCGGCAAAUGAAGAAUGAGGUUGGGUUUACAUUGCUCGUACCGACGCUCGAUUCCGUUCGCUAUAUGCACAUUCUGGACAUACACGUUAAGAACAAGAAACCCUUACUUUUGGUCGGCCCUACUGGAACUGGCAAGACAUACUACAUUCAAAAUUACAUGAUGAGCAAAAUGGAACAGGACAAGUGUCUGCCCACGUUCAUUACCUUCACAACCCAAAUCACUGCGAACCAAACGCAGGACUUGAUCAUUUCAAAGUUGAUCAAGAAAAAGCGCGGCAUUUAUGGGCCACCGAAUGGUAAGACUUGUGUCCUGUUUAUCGAUGACAUAAACAUGCCGGUGAAGGAAGUAUACGGAGCACAACCACCAAUCGAGUUGAUGAGACAGUAUUUUGAUCAAACACAUUGGUACGAUCUGAAGGAUACGUCAAAGGUGUACUUGAAGAAUAUUUUGCUAAUGGCCGCAUGUGGUUUAGUCGGUGGUAGUCGACAGGAUGUGUAUGAGCGUUUCCUCUGCCACUUCAAUAUCUUUGCGAUCAGUAAUUUUAACGACGAAACGAUGUUCAAGAUCUUUUCCGCUAUCCUUCUGGAUAUCUACAAGCGGGGAAGCCACACAGCGGAUGUAAUCAACAUGGUAAACAUGAUCGUCAAUGCAACGCUCGAUACGUAUCAGUUCGCUUGUGCGAAGCUGUUACCCACUCCGGCGAAAUCACACUACAUCUUCAAUCUGCGAGAUGUGCUGCGUGUUAUAAGCGGUUGCGCAAUGCUGAAGCGAGAAUCCGUGGAGAGCAAAAAAAUCUUCCCCAAGCUGUGGCUGCAUGAGUCCAUGCGCAUAUUCUACGACCGGCUUGUGAACGAAACCGAUCGGAUCUUUGUGUUCGACAAGCUGCUGCAGAACAUGAAAACAUUCUUCAAGGAAAAACCGGAAACAUUGCUGCCGGAACUGUUCGAUGAGCGCACCGGGCAGGUGCAGAUGAGCAGCUUAAACAAUCUCAUGUUCGGUAGCUACUUUGAUGCCGAUGCAGAAAUGGAAGAUCGCAAGUAUGAAGAAACGCAGCACGUGGAGCAGUUUCGAGAUCUUGCCGGGAAGGCACUGAUCGAGUACAACAGCUCGCAAAAAUCGAAAAUGGAUAUCGUGCUAUUCCAGUACGCUCUACAGCACCUAAACAAGGUGUGUCGCGUAAUCUCAAUGCCCGGUGGUAGCUCGCUGUUGAUCGGUAUGGGCGGAUCAGGUCGUCAAUCGUUGACCAAACUAGCGGCACAGAUAUGCGGCCAGUCUCUCUUCCAACCUGAAAUUACAAAAUUUUACGGAAUCAACGAAUGGCGCGAGGAUUUGAAGAAGGUGCUUAAAGAAGCGGGAGGGCUUGGACAUGAUACAGUGUUCCUGCUUACCGAGGCACAACUGCAGGAGGAAGCAUUCCUGCAGGAUAUUGACUGUCUGCUGAAUCUGGGCGAGGUUCCGAACAUAUUCGCCAUCGAUGAGAAGCAGGAGAUUCUCGAGAUGGUGCGUUUGGCGGCACAGGGUGGUAAUCGUAACCUAGACAUAUCCCCACUGGAGGUGUUCCAAUAUUUCGUGAACCGCUGUAAACAGAAGUUACACAUCGUGAUCUGCUUCAGCCCCAUCGGAGGAGCACUGAGGUCGCGAAUUCGUAUGUAUCCUUCGCUAGUAAAUUGUUGCACCAUCGAUUGGUUUGACGCGUGGCCGGAGGAUGCUUUGGAGAAGGUGGCCGACAAGUACAUGAAGGAACUGAACGUAUUGGCAGAGGUGAAAAAAUCGAUCGUUGUGCUGUGUAAACAUUUCCACGUCAUCGCGCGCGACGUGUCGGCAAAAUUCACUACGGAGACAGGCCGAAUAAUUUACAUUACCUCUGCGUCGUACCUGGAGUUGAUCAAAUCGUUCCGCAAUCUCACCCAAAAACAUCAGACGGACAUUAUGAAUAACAAGCUGCGCUAUCUCGGUGGGUUAGAUCGGCUCAGUGCCGCCUCCGAUGCCGUCUCGAAGAUGCAAAUUGAACUGAACGCACUGCAACCAACACUGAUCGUGAUGGCGGAAAACUCGCGCAAGAUGACGGAAGAAAUCGAAAAAGAAUCGCUCGAAGCAACUGCCGCCACGGAGCAGGUUAAAAAGGAUGAAGUUGUAGCGAAUGUGCAGGCAGCUGAAGCACAGGUACUCAAAGCGGAUUGUGAAAAAGAUCUAGCCGGUGCUAUACCAAUCCUGGAGGAAGCGAUACAGGCACUAAACACACUUAAACCUACCGAUAUUACGUUGGUGAAAUCGAUGAAAAAUCCACCGGAGGUGGUUAAGCUCGUAAUGGCGGCCGUGUGCGUGAUGAAAGGCAUUGCACCGGACAAAGUGGCCGAUCCGGCAACGGGCAAAAAGAUGCUCGAUUACUGGGGACCCAGCAAGCGGCUGCUAGGAGAUUUAGCUUUUCUGCAAACUCUGAAGGACUUCGACAAGGACAACAUCAAUCCGGACACUAUGCGCAAGAUUCGCAAGGACUUUAUUCCGCACAAAGACUUCCAGCCACACAUCGUGGCUAAAGCUUCCAGUGCGGCUGAAGGUUUGUGCAAGUGGAUCAUCGCAAUGGAUCUGUACGAUGCAGUCGCCAAGAUCGUCGCACCAAAGAAGGAAAAACUGAAGCAAGCCGAAAAAGAGUACGCGGAAACGAUGGCAAUCCUGAACGAAAAACGUUUACUCGCGGCAAACCUAGAGCGCCGGGUGGCCGAGCUGAACGAUAAUCUGGAGAUCGCGAACCGGAAGAAGCAAGAGGUAGAGGACGAGGUGCAGCUGUGCAAGGACAAGCUACAGCGGGCGGAAACAUUGAUCGGUGGGUUAGGUGGCGAAAAGACACGCUGGAUUGCAUCGGCCGAGAAUCUGCAACGGUUGUACGACAGUCUAGCGGGUGACAUACUGGUCUCAAGUGGAGUCAUUGCCUAUUUGGCUCCCUUGACGGCAUCGUACAGGAAUCAGUGCAUCGUCGAAUGGCACGAUUUGUGCGUUGCCAACAGCAUUCCCUGCUCGCCCGAAUACAGUCUGAUGGAAGUUCUCGGUUCGAAGAUAAAGAUCCAAAACUGGAACAUUGCCGGUCUGCCGACGGAUGCAUUCUCCACGGAGAAUGCCAUCAUCAUGGAUAGUUCUUCGCGCUACAGUUUAUUUAUUGACCCACAGCUGCAGGCAAACAAGUGGAUCCGCAACAUGGAGCGAAAUAAUCAUCUAGUGGUGGUUAAGUUUACCCAGUCCGACUACAUGAAAAAGAUUGAAGGGUGCAUCGAACAGGGGUAUCCGGUGCUGGUGGAGAAUGUGUUUGAAGAACUGGAGGCACCGCUGGAUCCGCUGCUCAAUAAGAAUACCUUCGUUCAGGGAGGUGUAGACUACAUAACACUUGGCGAGAAUGUUAUUGCCUUAUCUCCGAAAUUUCGACUGUACCUUACAUCGAGCCUGCGCAAUCCGCACUAUCUGCCUGAGGUGUACAAUAAGGUGACGGUGAUUAACUUCGCUCUCACAAUCCAGGGUCUAGAGGAUCAACUGCUAGGUAUUGUAGUGGCAAAGGAGCGCCCUGAUUUGCAAGAACUACGCCAAAGCUUAAUUCUGCAGGGAGCCAAGAAUGUGGCCAUGCUGAAGGAUGUGGAAGAUAAGAUCCUAAAGACACUGUCGGAGUGCAAGGGUGACAUACUUGAGGACGAAAGCGCUAUCAAGAUUUUGGACGAUUCAAAACGUAUUUCCAGUGACAUCGUGAAGAAGCAGGAAGAUUCACGUGAAAUUGAGCAGAAGAUUGAGGCCUUCCGGCAGAGUUAUCGCCCGGUAGCGGUACAUUCGUCAACGCUCUACUACUGCAUCACAGAGCUUCCUAACGUGGAUCCAAUGUACCAAUUCUCGUUGGCAUGGUUCGUAAAUUUGUACAUCUAUUCCAUAGAAAAUGCGAACCGGACGAAGGAGCUAUACCGUCGAUUGAAGUACCUGAUGGACGCAGUAACGUUGAACCUGUACAAUAACGUAUGCAGGUCACUGUUCGAGAAAGAUAAGCUAUUGUUUUCCUUCAUACUCACGACAAAGAUCAUGAUCUCCUGCAAUCAGAUCAAUCAGCUGGAGUUUAAAUAUCUGCUCAGUGGAGGUGAAAAGGCGGACAUUGGGAUGCCUAAUCCGGAUGAUACGUGGAUCACGGUAAAAUUAUGGGAAGACGUUUGCCGUCUCGAGCAAUUACCCGAUUUCGCUGGCUUCGUCAAGAGUUUUGCGGCUAAUCAGUCCCAGUGGCGAGAGUACUAUGAUGCAGAGGAACCGCAGUUAAUCAAACUGCCCGCUCCGUGGGACGAAAAAACGAAUCGUUUUGAGAAGCUGAUCGUGUUGAAAACGAUACGGCCCGAUAAGUUCGUCCUGGCUAUCACAGAGUUUGUUGCAUCGGAAAUGGGGCCACCGUAUGUCGCACCACCGCCGUUCGACAUUUCCCGAUCGUUCGAAGACUCCAACUGUCUAACGCCAUUGAUUUUCAUUCUCUCCCCGGGAGCGGAUCCCAUGAACGCGCUAUUGUUGUACGCAGAGAAAAUGGGUUUUGACGAGACGUUCCAGUCGAUUUCGCUCGGACAAGGGCAGGGCCCGAUAGCGCAACGCAUUAUUGAGCGUGCACAAGACGAAGGAAGCUGGGUGUGUUUGCAGAAUUGUCAUCUGGCUGCUUCUUGGAUGCCCACCCUGGAAUACCUGUGGGAGAACAUGGAUCACUACAACACAACGACGUCUUUCCGGCUGUGGCUGACGAGCUAUCCGUCUGAGCAGUUUCCCGCAAGCAUUCUACAGAAUGGCAUCAAGAUGACGAAUGAACCACCAACUGGGUUACAGCAAAAUCUACUCCGUUCCUAUCAUUCUGAGCCGAUGAAUGACGACGCAUUCUACACUGGUUGUCCGGGAAAGGACCGUGCCUUCUCGAAGCUGCUAUUCGGCGUGUGUUUCUUCCACGCGGUCGUACAGGAAAGGCGAAAGUUUGGUCCACUGGGAUGGAACAUUUCCUACGGGUUCAACGAGUCCGACUUUCAGAUUUCCGUUUUGCAGCUGCAACUCUUUAUCAACCAGUACGAGGACAUACCUUUCGAGGCCAUUACAUACCUUACCGGUGAGUGCAAUUACGGUGGACGCGUAACGGAUGCAUGGGAUCGCCGAGCAAUCGUAACUAUCCUUGAGGACUACGUCAACGACCAGGUGGUGAGCGAUCCCAACUAUCGGUUGUCGGCCUUGGGUGACUGCUAUGGAAUUCCGUUGCGAAAUGAACAUCGAGAAUAUUUGUCACACAUCGCCAACAACAUUCCAAACUUUCCCAGCCCGCUCGUGUACGGAUUGCAUCCCAACGCGGGCAUUACGAGAGAUCUGACCGCGUCUCGAAUCUUGAUCGAUUCCAUGAUCCUCACGCAAGGUGGCACAUCUGGUGGCAGUGAUACGGAGGUGGAAAAGCAAGUUUUGGCCACGGUUGAUGAGAUCUACAGCCUGCUGCCAGAUGACUUCAAUGUCGAAGCGGUAAAACGACGCUACCCGGUGGACUAUAACGAAUCGAUGAACACUGUGCUCGUACAGGAGAUGGAACGUUUCAACGCUUUGCUGCGCGAGAUCCGAUCAAGUUGCGUCAAUCUAAAGAAAGGUAUCGCUGGCUUGAUAGCACUAACGCCACAGCUUGAGGCUGUGUUUGUCGCUAUUCAUCAUCGUCGUAUUCCAGCAUCCUGGAUGAAAAAAUCUUACCCCAGCCUGAAGCCGGUCGGCGCGUAUGUGGUGGAUUUCCGAGAGCGACUUGAUUUCCUACAUCGCUGGUACAACGAGGGCAAACCCAACGUAUUUUGGUUGUCUGGGUUUUAUUUCACGCAGGCAUUCUUAACCGCUGCAAUGCAAAAUUACGCACGUCAUCAUCGAAUUCCAAUCGAUAUGUUAACAUACGAUUUCUAUGUAUCGAGAGAACCUUGCGCGAACAAGGCUCCUGAUGACGGAGUGUACGUAAACGGGUUGUUCCUGGAAGGUGCACGGUGGGAUGUUGCUAAGAGUUGUCUGGAGGAACAGCUCCCCAAGAUGCUGGUCGACACAAUGCCCGUUAUUCAUCUGUUUCCAACGAAAAUAGUCGAAUUGCAGGAAGGUUCCCGCUACAAAUGUCCGGUGUACAAGACGGCUGAACGAAAGGGCACACUAUCGACCACCGGUCACUCAACCAACUACGUUCUGCCGGUGCUGCUGGGUACAACACUUCCCGCUAAUCUCUGGGUUAAGCGUAGUGUGGCGUUGCUCUGCCAAACUUCUGAUUAG